AUGUGCCUGGUUGGCGCGACCGAAUCCCACUAUGGGGCCACGACUUUUAUGUUUGUAGUGGAGAACGACCGCAUAUGCCGAAGGUCCGCUGUCUCCGUCGGCGAAGGUGGGCGCGUCUCAGCGAAGGCGAUGCGGAGGCCCGUCCCGGCAGCAGUUGUCCAACGGCGUACCAAGCAGAGCCUCGUCUCGACGAUGCCGGCGCAGUGUUUCAUCCGACCAAACAUCCAGCGGAGUCCGCAGUACACUGUGCACGCGGCACAAGCGCACAGCGCCCUCACCUGGUUUAGCCCGCCGGUCGAGGCGGUUGCCCGGGGUGUGGCCGUUGAGCAGAGCCCAGCUACGUGGAGCCACAGGUGAGAGUUGGGUGCCAGCAAAUGGACGAUAGGCGUAGUCUCACCUGCAAGCAAGUGAGCGACCACUACGACCUUCACGUGAACCCACCGCUGGACACACCUACACCCCACACACACACACACACACACACACACACACACACACACGACGGUUCGACCAUCGAUUUCGAUAAUGUCCACCGUGUGCCCCACACCAGGUGGGAGCAGGGACGGUGACUUGCGCAGGGGUUUAUUGUGCCAGUAGUCUUUGGCUACAUCUACCUACACUCUCUCCUCCUCCCACGCCUGGGCCCCGUGUCAAGACAGAGUCAAGGAAACCGGAGACGAGGGAGGCCGCAGGCUGAUUUUUUGGACGGAUCUACUCUCACACGCACACGCACAGACACACGACUUUUCAACCGUUUCAUCCGACGUCGUUCACCGUACGCCCUACAUCGGCGUGAGAUCAGAGAUGUUGGCUUGCGUUUGCUUUUGUUUGUAGUGAUGGAAGACCUGCGUUGCAUCUAUCACACUCUUUUCUCCUCUCCAACUUCACCCGGCGUCAAUGGAGAUUCAAGAAGGCCGGAGGUGGUGGAGGGCGCCGGCGGAUUGUACAGUCGAGCCCGCACCAUGGCGUUGCACCCCACAACCCCUUGUCCACAUUACAAAUAACCAGUUUUUUUUAUCACCAACAGCAGAGAUAGCGGGGGCUGGCAUGGCCAAGGCGGCACUUUGGCGUGCCGCCACAGCCGCCUCGGAUCCCACGCAGUUACAUUGCCAUAGUGGCCACAUUAAGAAGGAGCCAUUGCAGCCUGACUCACAGACCACCAGCCAGCCAAGCCGCCAAGCAGAGCCUAGUUUCGGGGAGCGACAUGUAAGAUUUGGAAGUCAGCAAGUGGUUGUUAGGCGUAGUUUGCACCUGAAAGCAAGUUAACGGCCCGGUAUGACAGCCACGUGGACAAGUAACUGGCCACAUCUGCUCUCCGAGAUUUUGUUUAAUGGUCUGUUCAUCGAACUUAUGGGACUGGAUUUGUGUGAGGCGAUGAGAUGAGCGAUGCAAUUCAAGUGUAAGGAACUCCCGCGCGCCUAAUUACGGUUUACCGAUGUCAGUUUUCGCAUAAUCAUGUUGCAGUGUGAGUAGCAGGAUUUCAAUUAUCUGCAGUAUGUCAGUAUGCGAAUCACAAACAAUUAGAAAACGUUACUGAAACAUAGGCAGUAAUAUUAAAACGGUAAUUAAUUGUUAUCACGAAGCGUGCGGACGAUAUUGGUCGUGUGGCAUUAUGAAGUGUAAUUGGGUACCGAACCAGCUUUAUCUUAAAUGACCUGACGACUGAGGACAUAACAAUAUCUGCAGGCAGGAGGAAUGGGCAUCUGUUUCGCAUGCUCCUCAUUAUGUUACUAUGGAAUAACUUCUGUUUCCCUAUAAGCAGGUUCGACAGGCCUUUCUCGAAAACAUAUAGAGUCCUGAGGAUUAUUUGAUAAACUGGUUUUUUCUGUAUGCAUUUAUCGACGCAGGCGGGGUGUAGGGGUGUCAGCGGUGGGUUCCCGUAAUGGUCGUGGUGGUACUCAACUGGCACUCAACUCUCACCUGUGGCUCCACAUAGCUGGGCACUGCUCAGCGGCCACACCCCGGGCAACCGUCUCGACCGGCGGGCUAAACCAGGUGAGGGGGCCCUGUGCGCUGUGCCGUGUGCACAGGGUUUGCGGAUUCCGCUGGAUGGAAGGUCGGAUGGAACCUUGCGUCGGCACCGUCGUGACGUGGUCCGUCUCUGCACUCCGCUGGACUGCCGGUGACGGGAUGGAUCUCCACAUCGACCUCGCCUUGACGCGCCCACCUACGCUGUCCGAGGCCGCAGCUUACGGCGAAUUCGAGUCGCUCUCCACUACAACGCGAAGUCGUGGCCCCAUAGUGGAGUUCGGCUGUGCCGCAACGGCAUAUGGCAGCCCUAUUCAGGGAUGGCACGGCCAGCCCCCACGAGGGGAAGGGCCUAGAAAAGGUGGCCUAAACAUUGCUGCGCACCACGCCGUCUCCAGGCUAGCCAGGGCCGCAGACGUCUAAACAUGGUCGAAACAACCAGAAUCGAAACAAAAACAAUACUCGUUCACCUCCUCAUCCUACCUCUACUUCCUCUUCCUCUGCCUGUUCUACUGCCUAUUCUUCCCCUUAGUCACCUUCUUCUUCAUCUCCUUCCCGUCACCCCACUCGUUCUCACCAGACUGGCAGGGUGAGCCCGCUCACUCUGGCAGCCUGGAAUGUUCGCUCUCUUUUAGACAAUCCGAGGAGCAAACGACUGGAACGGAGGACGGCGCUAGUGGCACGAGAACUGGCGCGCUACAAGGUGGACAUCGCCGCACUCAGCGAGACCCGAUUCCCCGAAGAAGGCCAACUGGAGGAGGCGGGUGUCGGCUACACCUUCUUCUGGAGUGGUCGACCCAAGGCAGAGUGA